GUGUACAUUUGUAAAUUAGACAAUGAGAGAGUGCGAAAGAGUCGGUUCUCUCAUAAAUCCUUUUAAUUCGAAGAAGGGCAAUUAAGGAGAAGGGGCGUCGAAGAAGCAACAUCGCUGCCCGCGGUCGCUCGGUGGAGCCGCAACGAAGCGGGCUCUGCCUGCAGCAUUUCGCACUGCGUUUCGUGCCGCCACGUUGCCGUCUUUUUACGGAGGAUCCAAGUUAAGCGUGCGGCUGUCCAAGUUAAGCACAUCACAAUUCCCUCUGUUGCUGCAUGCGCCUGUGCAUCUCUCAUUGCUCCCUCUUCUCGUUGUAGCAGCAGCAGAAGUAGUUCAUUUCACAGAUUAGUAUGGAUUCGGUUCUGAUUUGGUACAAAAUUGGCUUAGUUGAAUGUUGUAGUCUGUGCGAUCGGUGACUGGGUGAUGUCCUUGAAUAUAAUUCGAAGAUUUGUCAGGGUUGGAUCUGAGUCAAUGCGGUUGUACAGCAACAUUGAAACUUGGUGAGCGGAUUCUGCAUUUUGAAGUUCCUUUCAAAUUAACUUAUUGCCCGAGCCUGGGGUUGAUUCUCGAUUACUGAGCAGGACGUUUCGGAUAUCAUCCGACGAUCCGAGGACUGAAUUAUCUUCUUGCUAGAGUAGAAUAGUAAGGGAUCCCAAUUAGAAAAUCCAUGGCCGAAUUGGAGCAGUCAAGUUGUGGAUCACUGCGAGAAGGUCCAGUGUGGCUGUCGCCCCUGCUUCAGACAGAGUUUUUCGGGCAUUGUAAGAAGCAUACUACUGGCAAACACGAGAAGAACCAAUUCUGUCUUUCCUGUUGCUCGGGGCCUUACUGUCCUCAAGGGCUAAGCCAGUCGCAUUCUGGUCACAUGUCUAUCCAAGUGCGAAAAGCUUCCCACCGAGACGUGGUUCGCAUUACCGACAUGCAGAAGUACCUCGACCUCUCCAACAUUCAACCAUAUACUAUCAACGGCGCUAAGAUUGUCUUUCUGCAGAGUCGACCGCAGCCGAAAUUGUGCAAAGGUGCAGCUACAUAUUGCGAUACCUGCCAUCGCAGUCUUGCGGACCAGGUCAGAUUCUGCUCCAUCAACUGCAAGUUGGUCGCAAUUCAGGAUGCAUCUGAGCAAGAUACCGAGCUGAAGUUGUCUCCCACAACCGAAUUUCAAAGCGUUCAAGGAGGAGCUCGGAAGGGCGGUUCCUGUGGAUAUCUUCGACUUUCAAUCACUGAUGGAACUGAUUCCGCGAAUCAUGAGACGACGAGUUUCUCUCCUUCGACGCCGAAGAGACAGGGGAGUGAACAGGAGACGAGUCUUUCCGGUUUAGAGAUGCCUCCUUUCAAGAGACAGAAAACUUUGGAGGAUGUACUCUGCCCUUUCUCUCCAAUGUCGGUUCUGGGCUCUGGAGCAGCUUUCGGACACGACUGGAUUGAUUGUUAUGGCCCGUCCACGCCCGAGAGGUCCAGUGAGUUGUCUCCAAGAAUGCAUUCUCGGAAACAGUGCCAUCCAGUGCGGGCUCCAUUCUUUUGAGCUCCUGGACACCGACACACCGCUUAGGCCAACAACAGUGAAUUGUUUUCCUCAUUGUACAUAAUUUUAGACAACAAUCGACGUACAUAUGUUGCAGCAUGGUUCCUAGUGAAGUAGUGGUGCAUGACAUCGAUCCAGUUUAAAGACUGGAUUCCUGAAGUACUACUGAAUUUUGCUUGGAGCGUCUCAAAGUUGGAAACGACGGCAUGACUGCGAACCACACUACGUAUCUAUGUAAAAUAAGCUACAGCCUAAAGCUGCUGCUGGAGUUGAACAUAUUUUUGUACACUGUCAUAAAGGAGGAUUUCAGUGCGAAAGACGAUCACUUCUCAACUUCGAUAUGAGAAUGACCUGCAGGCACACAAAGUUCUCCCAAAGAGAAAAAGCGGCUACCUGAACCAACCGUGUAUAUAUAGAACAUGAACAUCAAGACGAAGCUUAGAAAUUUUGACACUACCUUGUAACAUCUCGUUUGUACUAUAUUACAGUUGCCACUGCACAUCUCAGUAGCCGUCGAGGGUACAAACAGUUCAGCGCAUUGUUGUAAUUAAAAUUGUGAGAGAAAAGUGACCACCUUAGCUAUGAGCGAUUCCAAUUACGCAAUAUAUGUGUGUUGUAAUGUUCGUCAGGCUGUGACGCUCGUGCAUCAUUUGCACCUAUUUGGUAAUCUAAAACAUGAAAGACCCACCUAAAGCUGGGAAUUUUAUUUCUUGCUUCAUGUUC